AUGAUCGUUCAAUUGUUUUUUUUCGCUUCCAUCGUUAUUUCCGCUUUUGCCGGACCAGCCGGUGACAAAUAUCCGGCUGGACUCGAUCCAAAUCUUUGUCCAAACUAUCCAAAUUGCGAUAACGUUUUGCUAGCAGCUGCUCAGACUCAGCCUGGAGUCUACACAAGUGGAACCUAUAACGGAGCCUAUAACGGAGCCUAUAACGGAGCCUAUAACGGAGCCUACAACGGAGCUUAUAACGAUGCUUAUAACUCUGGAGCCUACGUACCGGAAGCUUAUUCGGGAUAUCCUAAUACUGGAUUCGCAUCGGGUGCUUAUACCGGAUUUGGAAAUCCUGCUGGAGGUGCACACGCUGUUCCAGGAUAUCCAGCUGGAGUGAAUCCGGCUAGUUGUCCAAACUACCCCUAUUGUACAAAUUACGCCCCGAACGCUUAUCAUCAAGUUGCUCCAUUGCCAGGAUUUACACACAGGGAAUAUCCGGAAGGCGGAAAAAAAAUUAUCAUUUUAUUGAAUCCAUUAAAUUUUUUAUGUUGGCAAUUAUUACCAACAUCGAAAUAA